GAGAUUCAUACGAUCACGUCAUCCACCUCAUCACACCAUCACAACACGGUUUUCUUAGAAAUCGUUCGUGUAUCACUCAGCUUGUCCAAGUUCUUCACUCUGUUGGUCAGUGUCUUGACAAAAACAUUCAGUCUGAUAUAAUUUACCUUGACUUUGGCAAAGCUUUUGAUUCUGUAGAUCAUCAAAUACUUCUAAGAAAACUCAAGUCAUAUGGCGUUACAUGGCGUCUUCUCGACUGGUUUCGCGAUUAUUUAAGCGGACGUAUCCAAAGAGUUGUUGUCGAAGAUGUCCCAUCAAGCUGGGUUCCUGUUAUCUCCGGCGUGCCACAAGGAAGUAUCUUGGGUCCGAUACUUUUUGCAAUAUCCAAUGGCUCUUCGGAAGCUAUGUACGCUGAUGAUACAAAGUUGUUUAGAAACAUCAACUCUACGACUGACGGUGAUUGUCUACAAGAAUCCUUAUCAAACCUGGACACGUGGAGCCAUGAUAAUAACAUUAAGUUCAACGCAUCGAAAUGUAAGGUUUUGAGCGUGACUUGAAAGAAAAAUCCCGUGACUUACGGCUGUCAUCUGGGCUCAUCCUCGUUGCUUCGCGUUCGGAAGGAAAAAGAUCUCGGCGUCAUCGUAACAGACAAUCUCUUGUGGGACACUCAUAUUCAAAUGAUAACAGCUAAAGCUAACAAGAUGCUUGGUCUCCUAAAGAGAACUUGUCCUUUAUUGACGGAUAUCAAAAUCCGGCGUUCAUUAUACCUAUCGCUUGUAAAGUCGAAGUUAUGCUAUGGUACUGAAAUUUGGUCUCCAUCCAAUGUCUCCCUCAAAGUCAAGAUCGAAAGAAUACAACGACGCGCGACAAGAUGGAUCCUAAGAUCAAGAAUAGGUGAGAUAUCUUACCAGGAGAGAUUUUAUGCUGCCGCUGUGUUAUGA